AGCGGCUACUCUUCCUGGUGUCCAAACAGGAAACAAAACAAUAAAUAAAAUACAUACAUAUAAUAUAAUAUACAUAACACUACAAAAUGUCCUGUUUCUGCCACACGCUUCAGAAACAGGAGAUUGCUCCAAUCCUGUGAGCCAGGCCACUUACAGUUUUACUGUCUUUGGUGAAGACCAUAGGUCGACUUCUUGUAUAAGUGAGAAUGAGCGAUAACACUUGGAAUCUAAAGCAGUAAGCGAACAGUUUACUGACUUAAUACAUUCACACAUUUAUCUCCAAAGCGUUCAGCCAGUGUAUCCUCAAUCAGACACUGGAACGCUCUGUUUGAUAUAGAAUAAAUCUAACUCUGAAUGUUGUACUUUUAUUGCACAUUGCUUACUUUACAGUGUGCAUUAUAUAAUUUAAAAUACAAAAUGUUUAUUAUUGGGUUGUUCAUAGGCCACAAUUGGGGGAUUUAACUUUUUUCUGUGGGGGUUCACACUUUAAUCGUAAAAUGACAGUUCAGGGUAGUUGGCAAUCGAAUAUGUUGAAUGGCAUUACCAAAGAUUGUGUGGUACUGUAGGUUUAGUAAUUGUUUGUGGCCUUAUUGUUUUUAGUGGCCUACCCUUUGGGACGUAUACUACUGAGCAUGCUAAAAGGAAGUAUCGCGCACAACCAAUUGAAUUAGUCUAUUUCUCGACGCAGCCUUCUUCUCUACUAACGUUGUGAAAAACCUUCCUCCACACUUAUCAAAUAGGCUAGUUUCUGAGUCGAAUUUAUCCAGACUUCUUAUUUGAUUACACAUCAAUCUGUAAUCACAAACCAGUAAAUCAUUCAUAGUAAGAAACGCCGUAUAUUGUUUCAUUUAAAUGUGGAUUAUAUAAAUAGGGCUCUUCACGAAGGAGGACGAGGGAUCGAGGGACGCCGCCAUAUUUGCUCUUGCUAGCUAGUGCACUACAAGAUACGGGCUUUGUUUCGAGUACCCUUCAAUUUAGUACCCUUGUAUUUGUUCAUGAUGGAUGCGAUGGAUAAAAGACCUUUUGGUGCAGAAUAUAACUAUAAAAUGUCGGAAAAUGACAUAUCCAGAUUAAUAAAAUUGCGUGCAACGAAUGACGCCAUCUUCACUGGGAAGAGAAACUCUGCCAUGCCUGCCUGGAGAGCAAUGUUAGUAGAGUUGGGUCUCGAAGGGAAGCUUACAACCGGGCAAUUGAAAAAAAAGUGGGAAAACCUUAAAAAGAAAUAUAAGGAUUUUAAGUACCCUCCUCUUGGCAUGGAGAAAGUCAAUCCAAUGUCUUGGCGUUGGUUUCACCUCAUGGACGAUGCCAUCGAGGGCCGCCUAGCUGGGUCUGCCCGUAUCCUAAACCCUUCACUGUUUGAUUUUGGGGAAGUUGGGGACGUUUCAUUUGCGUCCUCUCCCACUACCUCUCCCAUAGCCAACAAGAGACUAUGUAUGAGGCCGGAGGGAGGUGAGGGAACAAACAUUUUUGAGUUCUGGGCCAAGGCACAGCUGGGGGAUAGUGUUGGUGCUGCGAGCACGGUAGCAGAUGGACAGGUGGCAUACACAGACGCAGCUACAGAGGAGAUCCGGAGGGCAGCAGUGGAGUGCGAGAGGGCCCUGCGAGAGGAGGGCAGGGGUGCAGCUCAGAAUGAGAGGGCCGCGCCUGACAAGAUGCCAGUGGGUGGGUACGGGAGGACCAUGGCUGAGGAUGUGGAGACUAUAGCUGAAGACGGAAGAGCCAUGUUGGUGAGAAACCCUGGCAGGAACAUUGAGAGGGAGACUGCUGAACUAGAGAGGCAGAUAGCAGAUUUGGAGAAGGAGCGAGAAGUGUUAGAGAGGGAGCAGGCAGACUUUGACAGGGAGAGAUUGAUACUGGACAGAGAGAGGGAUGUGGUGAGCAGAGAGCGGGUGGCUGUUGAGCGAGGCAGAGCUUCACUAGACAAGGACAGAGCAGCGAUGGACAGGGAGCGAGCAGCAAUGGAACGGGAGCGAGCCAUACUGGACAGGGAUAGGGCGUCAAUCGAGAGAGAGAGGGCAGAGCUGCAGAAAGAAAAGGAAGCCCAAAUGAAAAGCAAGGUUUCCAGGAACAACGGCUCCACUGAUGUGGAACUGGACUCAUCCACUAUAGAAAAAAGAGAGAAACUGCUUUCCAUAUUUGAGAGACUUGUUGAUAAGCUGUGAAAGAUGAACAAUAAGGUUGAAUAGGUGAAGGAUGUACUGUAGGUGAGAGUGCGCACAAGUCAUAAACAGGUUUCUAUGUCACCAGUCCCCUAUCAUUUUGUGAUCAUUUUAGUUUAACCCGCACACACAGGGAGUGCAAAGUCAUUCAAUUGGUGCUGGCUGUAAUGAGCAUUGAGUGCGUUUGUGUGAGGUUGCACCCUGAAAGAGAAGCUGCUACAAUGUUUAUUGCGCUCAUUUCAUUUUUUUGCUUGCAGUGUGUAUGUAUAAAUAUCAGUCAAGUUUGGACACACCUACUCAUUCAAGGGUUUUUCUUAAUUUUUUAUUUUCUACAUUGUAGAAUAUGGUGAAGACAUCAACACUGACAUAACACAUGGAAUCAUGUAGUAACCAAAUAAGUA